AUGGGCCUGCAAUGUGACAAAGCACCGGGGAAGUUCGUGACCAUACAAAUAUCACUCGAUGGUCCGGUUUCCAUGGUCAUCAUCGUCAUCAUCAUCACCAUCGUCGUUUUAGGUUCUGCAUUUAAUCAAAUGCUUGUGAUUCAAGAAGAUUCUUUCUGCUUGAUUUCAGAUUUGAAAAAUGUUUUGGGUCAUUUGAUUAUAGUGAAACCAGCGGGUUGCUUUGAAGAGGAAACAUUUAUGUACAAACAUUCUACAAUAUGCGACAUUAAGCUUUGCUCUAUCAAUGCUUCAAUUAUUCAUCCAAAUCAAUCAAACUCAUCAGCUUAA